AUGGCCGCGCCUCCCCCUCCCCCCGCCACCGUGCAGCUCACCGUGCGAUCCUGGUCCUUCGACCUCCUCCCGCUCGAACUCAAGAAGUCGAUCGCUCAGCGUUGUCGGCAGCAAGACGACUGGGCUCGCUCGUGCCUCGAUACAAUCUCGAGCUUCUGCUCCGCGGAGAACAGGGACGCGGAGAACCUGAAGCAGCAUGUGAAGGACUUGCGGAGGACGUACGGGAGCUCUGUUGGCGCGCUGUUUCGGCUGUCGAAGUCUUGGAGCGCUGCUGCAGCACCGUUUCGGUUCUCGCAUUGCAAAGUCUCCCGGACGACGAGCUUCCUCUUCCGCUAUCGCAUCGCCCCGCUCUACGGACAGUACUUUCGUUCGCUCGAGUUCGACAAGAGCGACCAAGCGAUCCUGCAGUCGUUGCUCCCCCUCCUCCCCUUCAUGCCAAACAUCGAAGACCUGCGUCUUACGUUCGACGGAUUCGAGCGCGUGCUGCAGUGCGAGACCUAUCACAACCCAGCCUCCAUGCCGCAAGUCGAAGCUCUGAGCUUGACCUCGUUCCUCUCGAACACCCCGCUCUCCGAGCCGGUCAUCGCACGCCUCACGACGGUCCACUUUGAGUUGGGCUCGUGGUCCACCCUCCAAAAGCUCGCGGAUGCAGCGAAGUCACUUCGCGAACUGCAGGUGUACAAGUUGGCCAACUACGGGCGCGGCAACCCGGGCGUCUCGCAGCUAGCCAGUAUCUUGGUCUCGUGCCCGCUACUCGAGACGCUGCAUGUCCCGCUCUCCGAAGUGUCGGCGUUCCGACCAAUCUGGGGUCAACCACUGCCACGCAUUCGCAGCCUCACUCUCGACGUGGACGGCGACAUGUGGCUAAUCAGAUUGGCCGCACACUUUGCCGACUCGCUUGAGAACUUCUCACUCAGGUUCAUCACGGCCCAUGGAUGCUGUUGCGAGGUCAGUCACGUCUUCCCGCACGUCAAGGCCAUCGAGGCGUCGGCGGUCACCAAGGACUCCAGGUUCUUCUUCACCUUCCCAGCGUCGAUCAACCCCACCGCCUUUCCUGCACUCGAGUCGUUCACUUUCCGCCCCAAAGCAACUUCAGCAUACGAAGUGCGAGACGCCGUGGAUUGCCUGCGGCAGGCCAUCAAGAAGUUCGACGAGGCAGACCCGUGCAACAGCUUGCGACAAAUCCAUGUCUCUAACCGCCUGUACCCGUUGCCUAUGUGGGCUAUGACAAGGUUGCAAUCAGCAGUCGGUCGCGCAGACCGAAGGAUCACGGCGGGGCCGAUGGAGCCUUUCGUCGGCUCGUUCGCCUUGCAUGCCGAGUUCGACCGUGCUGUCGACAACGUCCCGGCGUGGUCUUCGAGCGAGGCAGCCGCGUCAAUCGAGGAGACGCUGAACUACGUCCAGAGCUGGUUUGAGCGGGCUACGGCAGCGGGUGACGGGUCGGACCUCGCGAAGAUUGCGGUUGCUCUGGGUCGAGCGGAGCUGGAGAGGGUCGUGAGGACGGGAUCAGAGGCCGCACACUGA